AUGCAAUCUGACCUCUUGCCGCCAAAGGUCUACUCCUACGACGAGGUUCCGGAAAAUACGUCCUGGGCUGCUGCUCUUCCCGUGGCCAAAGGCUUGUAUAAUCCAGAAUAUGAAAAAGAUGCUUGUGGUGUUGGUUUCACCUGCCACUUGAAAGGCCUGGCUUCCCACAAAAUCGUUUCCGACGCCAGAAACCUUUUAUGUAAUAUGACCCACCGUGGUGGUGAGUUGAACCCUAAGGAUGGUGACGGUGCUGGCUUGAUGUCUUCGCUUCCUCAUAAGUUCUUGAAGCGGGAAUUCAAGUACCAUUGCGACGUCGACCUUCCUCCCUUGGGCCAGUACGGUACGGGUAAUGUGUUUUUCAAGAAGGACGAGGCUGUCUACGAGAAGUCGAGAAACACUUUUGAAAAUAUCGCUUCUUCGCUUGGUCUUCGGGUUUUGGGCUGGAGAGCUGUGCCUCAUGAUUCUUCCAUAUUGGGGCCUGCUUCUCUUUCUAGAGAACCUUUGAUUUUGCAGCCUGCAAUUGUCUUGGCUGACGUCUACGGCACCGAAGUGGAGCCUGAAGAGUUUGAAAAAACAUACAAAAAAGACUUUGAAAAGAAGUUAUUCAUUUUGCGUAAACAGCUGUCUCACACCAUUGGUCUUCACAACUGGUUCUACAUCUGUUCGCUUAACGCUAAGACCAUUGUCUAUAAGGGUCAAUUGGCUCCCAACCAGGUUUACGCAUACUACUACGAUUUGGCCAAUGCUGAGUUCGAGGCCCAUUUCGCCUUGGUCCACUCUCGUUUCUCCACAAACACUUUCCCUUCGUGGGACAGAGCCCAGCCUUUGAGAAUGGCUGCCCACAAUGGUGAAAUCAACACUUUACGAGGAAACAAGAACUGGAUGAGAGCCAAGGAGGGUGUUAUGUCUUCUGAAUUGUUCGGCGAGGAAUUGGAGAAAUUGUACCCAAUCAUUGAAGAAGGCGGUUCUGACUCUGCUGCUUUCGAUAACGUUUUGGAGUUGUUGGUCAUCAACGGUGUGCUUUCUUUGCCUGAAGCUGUCAUGACCAUGAUUCCUGAAGCAUGGCAAAACGACAAGAACAUUGACAUGAAAAAGAAGGCUUUCUACGAAUGGGCUGCUUGUUUGAUGGAACCAUGGGAUGGUCCAGCUUUAUUCACAUUUGCCGACGACAGAUACUGUGGUGCCAAUUUGGACAGAAACGGUUUGAGACCUUGCAGAUACUACAUCACUGACGACGACAGAAUCAUCUGUGCUUCUGAAGUUGGUGUCAUUGACAUUGAGCCUGAGAAGGUUUUGCAAAAAGGACGUUUGCAACCGGGUAGAAUGUUGCUUGUGGACACUAAGGAGGGCAGAGUCGUUGACGACCGUGAAUUGAAGCACUCCGUGGCCUCCAGAUUCGACUUUAAGUCCUGGGUCAGUGCCAACACCAUCACUCUUGACGACUUGAACGCCAAGAUGGCCGCCAGAGAAAUCAACUUGGACCACCAAAUCAAGGAAACGUCAAACGUCACCGUCCAGACAGACCCUCGUUUGGUUGCCUUUGGCUACUCCCACGAACAGAUCCUCAAUAUCUUGUCUCCAAUGGCUGAGGGUAAGGAAGCUCUUGGGUCUAUGGGUAACGAUGCUGCCUUGGCUUGUGUUUCUGAACAGCCAAGGUUGUUAUACGAGUACUUCCGUCAGUUGUUCGCCCAGGUGACCAACCCUCCUAUUGAUCCAAUCAGAGAGGAAAUUGUCAUGUCCUUGGAAUGUUACGUUGGUCCUCAGGGCAACUUGUUGGAAAUGAAGCCUGACCAAUGUAACCGUUUGUUGUUGAAGUCUCCAGUUUUGUCUACUGCCGAGUUGAAUGCUAUCCGCAACAUCGAGAAGGUCUACCCUAAAUGGUCCAUCACCACUAUCGACAUCACUUUCGACAAGGCUGAAGGUAUUCAAGGCUACAUCAACAAGAUCUCUGAGAUCUGCCAGGACGCCUCCAAGGCCAUUGCCGAGGACCGUAAGAUCAUCAUCUUGUCUGACCGUGCUACGUCUUUCGACAGAGUUCCUAUUUCUGCUUUGAUCGCUACUGGUGCUGUGCACCACCACUUGGUCAGACAGAAGCAGCGUUCCAAGGUUGCCAUUCUUCUUGAGACUGCUGAGGCCAGAGAAGUCCACCAUGCCUGUUGUUUAGUGGGUUACGGUGCUGACGGUAUCAACCCAUACUUGGCCAUUGAGACCUUGAUUAGAAUGAAGAACGAGGGCUUGUUGAAGAAGGAAUUCACCGACGAGCUGAUUGUCAAGAACUACAAGUACGCAGUUGAUGCUGGUAUCUUGAAGGUUAUGUCGAAGAUGGGUAUUUCUACUUUGGCUUCUUACAAAGGUGCUCAGAUUUUCGAGGCCUUGGGUAUUGAUAACUCUGUCAUUGACCGUUGUUUCGCCGGUACUGCUUCCAGAAUCAAGGGUAUCACCUUUGAAUACAUUGCCCAGGAUGCUUUCUCCUUGCACGAGAGAGGUUACCCAAGCAGAGAAACCAUCAAGCCUGUUGCUUUGCCUGAGACUGGUGAAUAUAACUGGAGAGAUGGCGGUGAAAAGCACGUUAACGAUCCUGCUGCCAUUGCUUCAAUGCAAGAUGCCGUUAGAAACAAGAACGAAAAGGCUUACGAUGCCUACUGCAAAAAGGAAUACGAGGCCAUUAAGAACUGUACGUUGAGAGGUCUUUUGGACUUUGACUAUGAAGGUGCUAAGCCUGUGCCCAUUGAUCAGGUCGAGCCAUGGACAGAGAUUGUUCGUCGUUUCUUUACUGGUGCCAUGUCGUAUGGUUCUAUUUCCAUGGAGGCUCAUUCUACUCUUGCUGUUGCCAUGAACAGAUUGGGCGGUAAGUCCAACACUGGUGAGGGUGGUGAAGACUCAGCCAGAUCCCAGGUUAACGAAAGUGGUGAUACCAUGAGAUCUGCCAUUAAGCAGAUUGCUUCUGGUAGAUUUGGUGUUACUUCUUACUACUUGGCUGAUGCCGAUGAGUUGCAAAUCAAAAUGGCCCAGGGUGCUAAGCCUGGUGAAGGUGGUGAAUUGCCAGGCCACAAGGUCUCUGAAUCUAUUGCUAAGACCAGACACUCUACUCCAGGUGUGGGUUUGAUUUCUCCUCCUCCUCAUCACGACAUUUACUCCAUUGAGGACUUGAAGCAGUUGUUGUACGACUUGAAGUGUUCCAACCCUAGAGCCAGAACUUCUGUGAAGUUGGUUUCUGAGGUUGGUGUUGGUAUUGUCGCUGCUGGUGUGGCCAAGGCUGGUUCUGAGAACAUCUUGGUUUCUGGUGGUGAUGGUGGUACAGGUGCUGCCAAAUGGACAUCUAUCAAGUAUGCUGGUUUGCCAUGGGAGUUGGGUCUUGCCGAGUCUCACCAGACCUUGGUUUUGAACGACUUGAGAGGUAGAGUGAUUUUGCAGACUGACGGUCAGAUCAAGACUGGUCGUGAUAUCGCUAUUGCAUGUUUGCUUGGUGCUGAAGAAUGGGGUUUUGCAACCACUCCAUUGAUCGCCAUGGGCUGUAUCUUCAUGCGUCGUUGUGAGUUGAACGUUUGCCCUGUGGGUAUUGCAACUCAGGACCCAGAGCUUAGAAAGAAGUUCCAAGGUACUCCAGAGCACGUUAUCAACUUCUUCUACUACAUGGCCCAGGAGUUGAGACAGUACAUGGCCAAGUUGGGUUUCCGUACCAUCAACGAGAUGGUGGGACGUACUGAGGUGUUGAAGGUUCGUGACGACUUGAGAAACACCAAGAACGCCAACAUCGACUUGCUGCCUAUCUUGACUCCAGCUCAUACCAUCAGACCAGGUGUUGACACUCACUGUGUGAGAAAGCAGGACCACAGAUUGCACGUUAGAAUCGAUAACAAGUUGAUCGAUGAGUCUGAAGUUACUUUGGAGAAGGGCUUGCCUGUUACCAUUGACUGUAACGUCGUGAACACUGACCGUUCGUUGGGUACUACUUUAUCCUACAGAGUCUCCAAGACAUUUGGCGAACAAGGCUUGCCUCACGACACUAUCCAUGUCAACGUCAAGGGCUCUGCUGGUCAAUCUUUUGGUGCUUUCUUGGCCCCAGGUAUUACAUUGGAGCUUGAAGGUGAUGCUAACGAUUAUAUCGGUAAGGGAUUGUCUGGAGGUAGAAUCAUUGUCUACCCACCAUCUGGCUCCAAGUUCAAGGCUGAAGACCAGAUCAUUGCUGGUAACACGGCUUUCUUUGGUGCUACUUCUGGUGCUGCUUUCAUUAGAGGUGUUGCUGCCGAGAGAUUUGCAGUCAGAAACUCUGGUGCCAACAUUGUGGCCGAAGGUACUGGUGACCACGGUUGUGAGUACAUGUCUGGAGGCCGUGUGGUUAUUUUGGGUUCCACUGGUCGUAACUUUGCUGCCGGUAUGUGUGGUGGUAUUGCUUACGUUUUGGAUAUGGCCCAGGACUUCAACCAGAAGGUCAACAGCCAGACCGUGGAGUUGUCUAGUGUUACUGAGCCAGCUGAAAUUGCUUUCUUGAGAGGCUUGAUCGAGGACCACCGUCACUACACUGGUUCUGAGGUUGCAGGCCAGAUUUUGAACGACUUUAACAGAAUCUUGAGCCGCUUCGUUAAGGUGUUGCCUCACGAUUAUAAGAAGGUGCUUGCAAAGGAAAAGCAGAAGCAGGAGGAGGCCAAGAAGAACGAAUUGAACAACUUCUUGAAGAACAUCAAGGAAGACCCUGAAUGUGAUGCUACCAAUGGUGAAGCUGCCAAAAUCAGACAAGGCCAUGUGCACCGUGCUGUGGCAGCCAAGGCUGGUUCCAAGGAGCCUAAGGUUUUGGAUCUUGAAGACACCAUCACCAACCCUGAGACAGAAAAGAAGGCUGUUGCCCAAUUGGACAAGCUCAGAGGGUUCAUGAAGUACAAGAGAAGAAACGAAAAGUACAGAGACGCCAAGGGCAGAACCAAGGACUGGGACGAGAUGACAUCGAGAUUGACCAAGGAAGAGUUGAAGUACGAAACCGCCAGAUGUAUGGACUGUGGUGUGCCUUUCUGUACUUCCGACACUGGAUGUCCUAUUUCGAACGUUAUUCCUAAAUGGAACGAGUUGGUGUUCAAGGACAGAUGGUUCGACGCUUUGCAGAGGUUGAUGAUGACCAACAACUUCCCAGAAUUCACUGGUAGAAUUUGUCCUGCUCCAUGUAACGGUGCAUGUGUUUUGGGUAUCAACGAAGACCCAGUGAACAUCAAAUCGGUCGAAUGUGCCAUUAUUGAUCACGGUUUCGAGCAAGGCUGGAUCAAGCCUGUUCCUCCAACCCACAGAACCGGCAUGUCUGUUGCUGUCAUUGGCUCUGGUCCUGCUGGUUUGUCUGCUGCUGACCAGUUGAACAAGGCUGGCCACAAGGUGACAGUCUACGAGAGAUCAGACAGACCAGGUGGAUUGUUGAUGUACGGUAUUCCAAACAUGAAGUUGGACAAGCGUCUUGUCACCAGAAGAACUGACUUGUUGGCUGCUGAAGGUAUUGACUUCGUUUGUAACACUGCUGUUGGUGAUGAUAUCACUGUGGAAGAGUUGCAGUCGUCCAACGACGCUGUGGUGUUUGCUGUUGGUUCCACCAUUCCUAGAGACUUGAGCAUCCCAGGCCGUGACCUCAAGAACAUUGACUUUGCCAUGAAGUUGUUGCACUCCAACACCAAGGCUCUUUUGGAGAAUACCUUGGAGGAAAUCAGGAAGCAGGUGACUGGCAAGAACGUCAUUGUCAUUGGUGGUGGUGAUACCGGUAACGAUUGUUUGGGUACAUCCACCAGACACGGCGCCAAGUCGGUGACCAACUUUGAGUUGUUGCCUACUCCUCCAGACGCCAGACCAAAGGACAACCCUUGGCCACAGUGGCCUCGUGUGUUCAGAGUGGACUAUGGCCACAGUGAAGUUGCAGCUCACUACGGUAAGGACCCAAGAGAGUACUCUAUUCUUUCCAAGGAGUUUGUGGGUGAUGACGAGGGCAAUGUCAAGGGUAUUAAGACUGUCAGAGUGGAAUGGAAGCGUUCUGACUCUGGCGCCUGGCAAAUGGCCGAGGUGCCUGGUUCUGAAGAGUUCUUUGCUGCUGACAUUGUCUUGUUGUCGAUGGGUUUCCUUGGCCCAGAGACCGACAAGCUUCUGGUGAACAAGACCAAGAGAGGUACCAUUACCACGCAAGACCCAAGUGGAUACAGAGUCAGUGGCCAAGAGAACUUGUUUGCUGCCGGUGACUGUAGAAGAGGACAGUCGUUGGUGGUCUGGGGUAUCCAGGAGGGCAGACAGUGUGCCCGUGAGGUUGACAACUACUUGAUGGGCGCCACGAGAUUGCCAGGUAACGGUGCUGUGGAGCAGAGGAACUUUAAAUUGUUGGAAGAACUUGCUGAGAAGGUUUAG